GCGGUUUUCAACAGACAGUCGGGUCCGGCCAGCCAGUGGUUACGGGCGGACAUGUUGAAGGUGUUUCCGUGAAUGUGCGCGGCGAUCUGACGCGUGAUUUUCAUGCGUUUUCGUGCCGUGAGUCCACAGCAGGACGUGUGAAACGAUAGUCUCGCUACAUGUGAAGUGUUGUGUAAAAUUAAAGGCGCCUGGAUAUUCCCGGCCGGAAUCAUGAGCUGGGGCACCGAGCUCUGGGACCAGUUUGACAAUCUGUCCCUGCACACACAGAAGGGUAUCGAAUUUCUAGAGAGGUACGGCCACUUCAUUCGUGACCGAUGUGCCAUCGAAGUGGAAUAUGCCACAAAACUCAGGCGGCUUGUCAAGAGUUAUCAGCCGAAGAAGAAGGAGGAGGAGGAUUAUCAGUACAGUCACUGUCGGGCUUUCAAGCUGGAAUUAAACGAGGUCAAUGAUCAAGCUGGUCAAAGGGAGAUCAUCGCAGAGAAUCUCCAGGGUAACGUACUCAGAGAGCUUAAUAUCCUCGUCAAGGAUUUCAAGGAGGAUCGCAAGAAGCAUCUUCAGGAAGGCGCCAGACUCAUGGCUAACCUUGUGGGUCAAAUUGGGAAUCUGGAAAGAGCACGCAAGGCCUACGAGAAGGCUUUCAGGGAAGCGGAAAGGGCGCUUGAGAAUUAUCAGAGAGCGGAUGCCGAUUUGAAUCUCUCAAGAGCAGAGGUCGAGAAGCAGAGAAUGAAUAUGACUGUGAAAACACAACAGAGUGAAGAGGCCAAAACCGAAUACGCAAAUCAGCUACAGAAGACAAACGAGAUGCAGACGUUGCACUAUCACACGGCUAUGCCUGAAGUCUUUCAGCAUUUGCAGGAAUUGGACGAGAAAAGAAUAAAGAACAUGCGAAAUUACAUGAUGAAGUCAGUGGAAAUUGAACGGGCCGUCGCUCCCAUUAUUGCUCAGUGUCUCGAAGGCAUUGAAAAGGCGGCAGAUGAGAUUAACGAAAAGGAAGAUACGCGUCUUGUUAUCGAACGUUACAAGAGCGGCUUUCAGCCUCCGGGUGACUUCCCCUUCGAGGACCUCUCCGUCGCGAAGUCUUACGACAGUAAUAGUCAACUGUCGCAACCUGUGAUGCAGCCAAUACAUAAUCAUCUUACCGUGAAAGGCACAGUUUCCGGUGGCAAAAUGAAAAAAAGGGUCGGCAUCUUUGGAAUUUUCAGCAGUAACAAGUUGAUCGAGGUGUGCAUUGCUUUGAAGAACAAUGUACCCGGCUACGGUGACGGUGCGAAGGAGGAUUGCAGUGAUUUACCACCAAAUCAACGGAAAAAGCGUCUCCAGCAAAGGCUGGAUGAGAUCCAAGCAAAGAUACAGCAGGAAACAGCAACCAGAGACGGUCUAAUGAAGAUGAAGGGUGUAUACGAACAAAAUCCAGCAUUGGGGGACCCGAUGAGUAUAGAGGGUCAAUUGAAUCAGUCCAGUAACAAAUUAGACAAGCUCGGUGCAGAGUUUACAAAAUUCCAAGGGUACCUCGAAGAGGCAAUGAGAGCAGGAGUCAGUUUGUCCAGUCCAAGUCAGGCACCUCGGAAGCCAACGAGCAAUGGUUCAGCGACAAGACCAUUGAGUUCAAGGAGAUCAAGUCAUUCGGGUGGCGAGGAAAGUUUAUCGAGAUCAGCAUCAGAUUCGAGUGUGAGCAAUGCUAAUGCGAAUCAGCCAGUGCACAAAAAGAGUGCUCCAGGAACGCCACAGCCUACACAUGGUUCCACGAACAGCCCGGAAUCCGGCCUCGGAGCGUCAAGGACGUCACUUCCUGGUAGCGGAGGUGAGGAAUAUUAUGUUGACGAGGUCGAUGCUCAACCACCACUUGGAACCUGUCGUGCUCUCUAUCCCUUUGACGCUACGAGCGAGGGUUCUAUACCGAUGUACGACGGGGAAGAGCUUUAUAUGAUCGAACUCGACCAGGGUGACGGAUGGACACGUGUUCGUCGUAUCUCGCAACCAAUCGAAGGUUUCGUGCCAACGUCGUACAUAGAGUGUCAUCUCUUCAACACAUAGCUACUUGUAUUAGGGCGCUAACAUAAGUAGGUGACACCGAGCCACGAGGAUGUUCUCCUUGGUAUUAGAAAUUGGGGUUAGGACAUCCUGAUGCUCGAGCGACUCUCGACGAGUGUCCUUGACCGGUAGAGGAGUGUCGCUCGUCGAAGGAAUUACACGGGGCAUAGAAAAAUCGGUGAAACGUAAUACUCGUCUACCUUGGGGUGGAUGAUUAGAAAACAGUGAGGAUGUUUCGUGCCAAGGGGGAGUACGUAAGUUUCGCUAGAAUCCAAUAUUCUCCAUCAUUUAUUAAAUUGUCAUUCGACUGCGACACGAUUCCUCUCGUACACUCUAUCACCUAGUUUCUUCUAAGCAAUCGGAGAGAUCUCUGGAUAAGCGCGAACAAAAUUUAACCCUUUGUGAUUAUAGCGACGAACAAGGACAGGAACAGCCCGGGUGUCGAUAGAUAUUAUUAUCAGGGCUGCUUGUUGUUAUACUUGGUGUGCAAUCGCGCGAAUCGUGCUUUCUUUGCGUGCGCUCGAGGCGCUAAUUAAUAUCGUAAUGAAAGGGAAAAGAAAGGAGGAAAAUAGGCGUUCGGUAUUAAACCGCGUGAAUCUGGCCAACUCGGCAUCGCCAUUGUGCUUGCGUCAGCGUGUUCGGUAUUACGUAACGAGCCAGGUAUGCAGAAAUAAAGGAAAAAAGAAAGGUACUGGGACACUAAGAGUUAUAGUGCUCUGAGAAAAUGAAUGUAAAAUUUGAGUGAGCAAUGCUUACAUGCAUAUUACGGCCUGAAUUGACGUGACCGUUGUCAAAAGUCGCGAGUCCCCGUGGCAAGAAAUUUGUACUUUUUUUUUUCAAAAAAAAAAAAAAAAAAAAAAACGUUCCGUUUUUCAUUUUGUAU